AUUGUUUUCAUUAAAUUUGAGGAAGAGGAGAAAUUGAGGUACUCUUAGUAGAAGGAAUGUUUAGAUACGACAUGAAGGAAGAGUUGAAUUUGAGGUACUCUUACUUUUUUUGUGUACUCAUAAAAUGGCAUUUUGGCCUAACCGGUCCACAUUUCGUUGUUAACCUUCGGUAUCAUGGCAGACACUGAAGACUUGUGCAUUGUUUGCAGAUUUCCCGUGACACGUCGUCAACAAGCUGUAGCUUGUGACAGCUGUGAAAGAUGGCAACACCGCACAUGCGAUACAGGAAUUUCCUUGGCGGACUAUCGCCUGGCAGUGAGGACAUCGUCCGACAUUUGCUUCACUUGUCUUCAGUGUGCACCCGAUAUCCCCCCUAGCGAUUCCGAGACCGACAUCACCGACUUCACCGACCAGCUCCCGGUUGCCAACUUCAAUCUUGAUGAUUCCUUUGACAUGUCCGAUCGGGAGAGACCGGAUGAAGCAACGGAGCCGCAAGAGGAGUCAUUUGAUGCACAUGGGGAGCCAGCAGAGGACAGCAUCCUGGACGACCAGCCCACCACAUACGAGGUACUUGCCAAAGGAACUACCCGCGGGAAGCCUCUACUGGUGUCAAGUGAUGGGUAUACAUAUACAGUAAAGAGGACCAACAAGUCGACGACCAUAUGGACUUGCAGCCUUAGAUCAAAGGUUAUCCAUUGUUAUGUUAGGACGUUGCCCUGCAGAGCCUGGUCACCCUCUUAG